AUGUCAGCUCAGCAGACAGGAACACUAAAGGCCCCUGAGGGCGAACCCUCUCCAGUAUCACCAGCAACAGCAGUCGACCCCAACGCAUUCUCAGACGACGAGGACCGAGUACAAUCACCAAGAUUCGUGCCUUCACACUCCCAACAACCCUCAAGAGGCGGCUCGCGUUCCAUCCCGCUUCGCCGCACCAACACCCAGACUCGGAACAGGGAAUCAGUAGACGACCCCUUGCCCACCGGCGCGUCUGCAAAGUCCAACCGUCCCCUCCGAGACAACUCCCGGUUCGGGGACUACGACGACGAUUCGGAAACGGAUCGCUACUGGGGCACCAACGACCGCCAUCCAGACUACAGCGGCGGCCGCGCACCGCGGACGCGCCCACCACGCGCGCACCUCAACCGUCCCCAGCCGUACUUCAACUACGACCCCCAGACAGAGACCAAGGACUACUACGAGGAGACUCGCUCGUACGAGCCCGGUGACUACGGCGGAAGGCCGCCAUCGCGCAGGAUGUACGACGAGGAGAUGGCGGGCUACCCGCGCGGUGUGGCCGUACGCAGCACCAACGGCGAACAGGCGCGCAUCGACUGGCACAACCUGUCCAGGGAAGAAAAGGCGCAGGUGAUGCGGCUACCUCUCACCCAAUGGAUGAACUCGGAUUUAAAGAACCACUUCGUUGCGAGUUUGGGCGAGCUCGUCGGCACCACAAUGUUCCUGUUCUUCGCUUUUGCCGGUACGGAGGUGGCCAAUAUCAAGUCGGCUUCAAACAACUCUAGCAACCCGGCAGACAGCCACUCUACCACCGGCGCCUCCACCGGCUUCAACACGGGCACUCUCCUCUACAUCUCCAUCAUCUUCGGCUUCUCUCUCAUGGUCAACGUCUGGAUCUUCUUCCGCAUCAGCGGUGGCUUGUUCAACCCUGCCGUCACCCUCGGCAUGCUCCUCGUCAAGGCCAUCCCUCCAUCCCGCGCCGCCUGCUUAUUCGUUGCCCAGAUCCUGGGCGGCAUGCUGGCUUCGCUGAUUGUUCGCUUCCUGUUCCCCGAAAACUUCAACGUCCGUACGACGCUCGGCGGCGGUGCAUCGCUGGUCCAGGGCGUCUUUAUCGAAGCAAUCCUGACGGCCGAACUGGUCUUCACCAUCUUCAUGCUCGCCAAGGAGAAGCACAGGGCCACGUUCAUCGCUCCCAUCGGUAUCGGUCUGACUCUCUUCAUUGCCGAGUUGGUUGGUGUUCAGUUCACCGGUGGUUCGCUCAAUCCGGCACGAAGCUUUGGACCCUGCGUCAUCACGGCAACCUUUGAUCAGGAACACUGGAUCUACUGGGUCGGGCCUUUCCUUGGCACUCUCCUUGCCGUCGUUUUCUACAAGUUCAUCAAGACCUUGGAGUAUGAGACGGCCAACCCUGGCGCGGACGGCGACCCUUUGAACGAUCCUACUCAGAACCCCGCGAAGAUGGCAGAGCUGCGCAUGUCUCGUGUAAAGUCGGCCAAGCAAGGUUGA